GCCGUCCUGUCCGCCGCCGCGUUGAUCUUCUUCGACCACGCCGUCCCUCGCGUCGGGGGGGCCUCGUCACGCCGUCGACCACGCAGGCGGGAGCUGGCGCGCCGGGGCCUCGUCGCGCCGACGGUCGGGCGCUUCGAAGUCGUCGGGAACGUACCCGGCGCCGCGGACUACCUCCAGGCCUGCGGCCGCGCGCACGAAUAUUCGGACUCGAUCGAGGUGCUGGUCGCGGACGGUCGGCGCCCGGUGUCCCGUCUUCAACUUCUUGCGACGACGCGACUCGCUUUGCCUCGCGCCGACGACGACGAGCGCGCUGACAAGGCAACCGCGCGCGCAGGCGACGGGCCCGCCCGCGCCGUCGAGGUGGCGUCGCAGCUGCUCCCCCAGCUGCACGGCGUGUUCGUCUGCGUCGUCGCGCCGCGGCACCGCGUCCGCGACGCGGACCUCGCCGCGGAGCUGGCCGCCGCGCUCCGCGCGGCGCUGCCGACGACGACGCGCGUGGUCGCGCCGCGAUGCAUGUGGCUCCUCGCGAACGCGAAGCUCGAGCGGACGCUACUGUGUCGGGUAAACUUAAAAUCAUGA